GUUUAGGCUCGCCGUGAAUUCAAAGCCGUAGCUUUUUCGGGAUGGAUCCCUUCUCUUCGCCAUCGCCGUCCGGCGGGUCGUCGGGACAAACGAUCCCCUCCGCCGAUGUACUCAUGGACCAGGUCAAGACGCAGCUCGCACAGGCCUACGCCGAAGAGUUCUUCGAGACUGUGCGGAGCAAGUGUUUCACAAAGUGCAUCACGAAACCUGGAACAAGCUUGAGCGGAAGCGAGAGCAGCUGCAUUACACGCUGUGUGGAACGCUACAUAGAGGCAACUGGAAUCAUCAGCCGAGCUCUCUUCAGCGCCCACCGUUAGUUUCGAUCGAGGCAACUGGCGUCAAAAGUUGAGCUCCCUUCGACUUACGCUGAUGCCUUCAAGUUUCUUUGGGACCUCACUGUCACCGACCGUGAGUUGUCUGAAAAAUUGCAAUUUAUUUUUCUUCUGGAUCCAAUGAUUCAAUGGCAGUACCAUCACUCGACCAUUAAAUGUUAUAAAAAAUUUGAACAUAAUUUAUGAAUGCGUUUAUUAAAUAAUGCGCCGAUUCUGUUCGAUGUGAGAUUAA